UAAACGGCUCAUCAAGGAAGUGUGCUCUAUUACCAGAGUUAUUUUAGUGUAACCGUUCACCCCCCUGUCCGACACUCCCCCUCCAAGUCUGCCUGGCUGUGACACACAUUCUCCCUCCACAUGAACAGCUCUGUUGUCGCUCACUCUCUUUCUCUUUCCCUCUCGCUCCGUCACACAUGGACUAAAAGUUAGACAAACUGGGGAGAGGCGUGGAUGGUUGUUUACCUGCUUCCAUCAGCCACUGCAGAGGGACAGUGAAAAGGGGACCCAGAAGCUGUGGGUUGUCAUGGACACCUUUUUCCGCCGGCACUUUAGACUGAAAGGGGCUGGGCAAUCCCGACAAAGACGGCCUGGCGUGGCAGUGCCCACAAGCAAGGCUCGCCGGCGCUCCAGUGUUGGACUGCCCUCUGCUGGCCUGGUCCAACGUAGACGCUCUAGUGUGGGACUGCCAUUCACAGGUCCUGUCGGACACAGAAGAUCCAGUGUAGGCCUGUCGCCGACGGCUCAAGCCCAACGAAGACACUCCAGUGUUGGCCUGCCGUCAGGUUAUGUGGGCCGUAGAUUCUCCAGUGUGGGCUUGGCCUGCGCUGCUCACCAACAACGCAGGCACUCCAGCGAGGUGCAGGGGGGGCACUGUUGUUAUGGAGGCGGGAAGCUAGUGAGGACCAGAUACUACACCAGGCGUCGUUCUAGCACCACCGUGGCCUGUGUCAACCCCCGCUUCUCUGUCCGCCGCCGGCAAGCUGGCAAGCUCCGAACCAUCGACACCCACCUGCUGGGGCCCUCCAUGCUGCUGGCCAGCCUGGUCCAGAUGAGUGAGGAGCAGCAGAAGGGGGCACCAGAGGCGCAGGGCGGUGAGGGGGCGUCAGGAGAGGACACUGAGAGCUGCCCCUCCUCGUGCUGCUCCGAGUCAGAGGGGGACAGCUGCAGUCAGAGAGAGUGUAGCGCCAGGUCAGAGGGCAGCGGGAGUGAACGAGAGGGGACUGCGGCAUCAUCAUCAUCAUAUCCAGAGGGAGAGAGGACGUGGGAGGACUGGAAUCAGGCUCAUAGUAUGGCAGCCUUAACGAUGGAGAGCAUCCAGCCCCGGCCCCUGAGCCGCGCCCUGCGCUGCCUGCGCCGUAACUCCUCUCAGCUGGUGCCGGCAGAGGCAGUGCACCGUAGCAGGGCGGUCUACGGUGUGCACGGGCGUUAUCGACACUCCAGCCAGUUACGGAGGCCUUCCACCAUCUCCAACAGCGCCUGGCCAGGCAGGCUAGUCCACCCGCCCAGCCGCAGGAGCUCUAUAGUGACCUGCCACUCCUCCCGUUCCCUGUAUAGGAACUGUUCCGCCUGCUGGAAACCCAGGGGCCGCAGGGAGUCCCUCAGCCCCCUGCAGGGCAUCUACUAUGACCCCCGCCUGGAGACUUGGAGUGGGUUCGUCUCGAAGGCCAUCGCUAAAUCGGGUCUACAGCACCUGUCUGCCCAGCCCAGUGCCUCAGCCCUGGCCAAGUUUGACCCAGACAGGGAGAUCCGGAGCAGCUGUGACUGGACCGAGAACGCCCUGUAUGGGGAGCACAUCUGGUUCGAGACCAAUGUCUCUGGGGACUUCUGUUACGUCGGAGAGCAGCACUGCUUCGCCAAGACACUGCAAAAAUCUGUAGCCCGGAAAAAGUGUGCAGCCUGCAAGAUAGUGGUUCACACAAUCUGCAUAGAGCAGCUAGAAAAGUUAUUCGACACCAAGGCUAUUCCAAAUGAAGCCAGCCUGCUUAUCGAAGACCCCAACUUUAGAAUCAACUUUAGGUGUAAACCGUCAUUCAGGGAAUCGGGGUCUAGGAAUAUACGAGAGCCAGUCCUCCAAAGACAAGGUGCUCUAAAGUGCCACAGGCGGAUGGCUAACUGCAUGGCCACCCCUUUCCUGAGCCAGUCCCAGCCCACCGUAGUGCGGCACCAUUGGGUGCACCGGAGGCGCCAGGAUGGGAAGUGUCGGCAGUGCGGGAAGGGUUUCCAGCAGAAGUUUGCCUUUCAUAGCAAAGAGAUUGUGGCCAUCAGCUGUUCGUGGUGUAAACAGGCAUAUCACAACAAGGUGUCCUGCUUCAUGCUGCAGCAGAUCGAGGAGCCCUGCUCCCUGGGUGCCCAUGCCUCUGUGAUCGUACCCUCUACCUGGAUCCUCCGGGUCCGCAGACCUCAGACCUCACUAAAGUCGAGUAAAAAGAAAAAACGGACCUCGUUUAAGCGCAAGUCCAGCAAAAAGGGAGUAGAGGAGGCGCGCUGGAAGCCCUUCAUAAUUAGACCCAUUCCCUCUCAGCUCAUGAAGCCGCUGUUGGUGUUUGUCAACCCGAAGAGUGGGGGAAAUCAGGGAGCCAAGAUUAUCCAGUCGUUCAUGUGGUACCUGAACCCCCGCCAAGUAUUCGACCUGAGUCUGGGAGGACCCAAGGAUGGGUUAGAAAUGUACCGUAAGGUGCAUAACCUGAGGAUACUGGCAUGCGGAGGUGAUGGCACGGUGGGCUGGAUCCUGUCUGCUCUGGACCAGCUCCAGUUGAACCCCCAGCCUGCAGUAGCCAUCCUGCCUCUGGGGACAGGCAACGACCUGGCCAGGACCCUCAACUGGGGUGGUGGUUACACAGAUGAGCCGGUGUCUAAGAUCCUGUCUCAUGUAGAGGAUGGAAACAUCGUCCAGCUCGACCGGUGGAAUCUAGUAGUGGAGCCCAACCAGGAUGCUGGUGCAGAGGAGAGGGAUGAGCAGCAGACCGAUAAGCUCCCCCUCGACGUCUUCAACAACUACUUCAGCCUCGGCUUCGACGCACACGUGACACUAGAAUUCCACGAGUCUCGAGAGGCCAACCCGGAGAAAUUCAACAGCCGCUUUCGGAACAAGAUGUUCUAUGCAGGGACGGCCUUCUCAGACUUCCUCAUGGGCAGCUCCAAAGACCUAGCCAAACACAUCAAGGUCGUGUGCGAUGGCACCGACCUCACCUCAAAAGUUCAGGAUCUGAAGCUGCAGUGUUUGGUGUUCCUCAACAUUCCCAGAUACUGUGCUGGUACCAUGCCAUGGGGAAACCCAAGCGAGCACCAUGACUUUGAGCCACAACGGCACGACGACGGCUGCAUUGAAGUUAUCGGCUUCACCAUGACCUCUCUGGCAGCACUGCAGGUUGGAGGUCAUGGUGAGCGGCUGAACCAGUGCAGAGAGGUGACCCUCACCACCUACAAGUCCAUCCCCAUGCAGGUAGAUGGGGAGCCGUGCAAGCUAGCCCCUUCCACCAUCCGGAUCUCCCUGAGAAACCAAGCCAACAUGGUGCAGAAGGCCAAGAGGAAGACCUCUAUACCGCAGCUCAACGACCAGCAGCCCUUCCCGGAGAGAUUAAGGAUCCGGGUGAACCGUAUUAGCAUGCACGACUAUGAGGCCCUGCAUUACGACAAGGAGAAACUUAAAGAAGCCUCUAUCCCGCUGGGCCUCAUCGUUGUCCCGGGAGACAGUGACCUGGAAACAUGUCGCUCCCACAUUGAGAGGCUCCAAGAGGAGGAUGAGGGAGCUAAGUCAAAGACCCUUUCCUCGCAGAAGCUUUCGCCAAAGUGGUGCUUCUUGGACUCCACAACUGCAGAUCGAUUUUACAGAAUUGAUCGUGCUCAGGAACACCUGAACUAUGUGACCGAGAUAUCCCAAGACGAGCUCUUCAUCCUGGACCCUGAGCUGGUCGUCAUGGAGACGGUGAGCACCUCACCAGGGAUGCCUGAUCUGGUGGAUUCUUCUGGUGAAUUCCCGGAGGCGUCUCCCAAGUUUGGAUUCCCGUCCUCCUCCUCUUCUCCUCCCCCCUCACCGGGACCCAGGAUCAUGGAGCUUCAGAAGACCACUCAGAGGAAGCGAAUAUCCAGCGACAGCUCGGUGGUGGAGGCACUGGCACAUAACGACUCUCUCAGGUCCAGUAAGCCUGCCCUCACCAGGGCCGGAUGUAUCCAUCGGUCUAACACUACUGCAGCUGAGAUCAACCCAACAUCGAGGUCGGAGAAGAAUUCACUGUGCAAUACAGACAAAGUAUCACCAGAAGUGUUGAUUGAAUGUGUGAAGAGCAAGGACCAUCUGAAGCUGAAGGAGCUGCACAAACUGGGAGCCGACCUGUCACUGCAGGACCCCCCAGGAUGCACCCUGCUCCACUAUGCUGUGGACACUGGUAGCAAGGACACUGUCAAAUACAUCUUGGACAAUGCACCCACAGAUAUCCUGGAUGUAACAGAAAAAGAAAAUGGGGAGACAGUGUUGCACAAAGCAGCGUCACUGUGUCAGAGGACUAUCUGUCACUACCUGGUAGAGGCAGGGGCAUCCCUCAUGAAGACCGACUUACAGGGUGACACACCAAAGCAUCGUGCAGAGAAGGCCAAGGAUGCAGAGCUGGCAGCCUACCUGGAGAACCGGCAGCACUACCAGAUGAUCCAGAGAGAGGACCAGGAGACAGCCGUGUAACUGCUCCCUGACCUCCAGCACCACUUCCCUAUCACCUAACCCUGUGCCAAACCUACUUUAGCUAAAAAAGGAAACUCACCAGAGAAGACAGUCAAAAGGGAGCGAGUGUUGUAUUCUCCUGCUAGGGAGUUGGUUGGAGUUCUACCAGAUGAGAGAUUCGUCAGGUCCACCACGUGAGAUGCUUGUGACCAGUGGACUUGAUUAUUG